CCGCUGCCAUGGCGGACAGUGGCCCCCCGGGGGGCCCAGCGUUGACUGACCCAGGCCCGGAGCCAGGCAGUGCCAACACGGGCCCCCGAGUCUACUUCCAGAGUCCCCCUGGGACUCCAGGCGAAACCUCUGGCCUGGGGAACAACCCAGAUGAAGAUGGUCAGAUGAGACGGCCAGGGAAGAUCAUCGUCAAGUAUGACCGCAAGGAGCUCCGGAAGCGCCUCAACUUGGAGGAGUGGAUCUUAGAACAGCUCACAGGUCUCUACGACUGCAAGGAAGAGGAAAUCCCAGAGCUCGAGAUAAAUGUGGAUGAACUCUUGGACUUGGAAGGUGACGAUACCCGGGCCGCUAGAGUCAAGGAGCUGUUAGUUGACUGUUACAAACCCACCGAGGCCUUUAUCAAUGACCUGCUAGACAAGAUCCGGGGUAUGCAGAAGCUGACCAUACCCCUGAAGAACUAAGAAGGUACUCACUCGUAUGACCUUGGCUCCCACAGGACAAUCACUGUCCCCCAACUUUGUAGCAACAGCAAUACUAGGCGACCCUGCAGCCAAGCCUGGUGUCAUGAGCAGGGAUCAUAUUGUUCCUGCCCAGGGGCCACUUCUCUUGCCCUCAGUUUUUCAUUUUGGUGUUUUUUGUUUUAUUUUUAUUUUUUAUUGUUAUUAAACUGAUGGGACUUUAAAAAUGAAGAACCACACUAGGACCCAGAAGUAGAGAAUUGUAAUUUUGGUAAUUAACAUACUUUUCCCCCUGAUCUCUGUGAGUCACAGCACCUGAAAACUGCUGAGUUUGAAAUCAGCAGCAGUGUGUGGUCCUUUUUCUAAAUGAAGCCUCGUCCAAUUUCUUUAGGGAUUAAGGAGUAAUACAUUUUAAAAGUAUAACUGUCAACACGUGAAUCAUACCCAUAAAAAUGCUAAUUUCAUUUGUUUGGGUGAUUUAUCAAUUCAGCAGAUUUGGAAAAUGACAGUCUACGACGCGAUGGUAGAAAAUGCUGAAGGACAGUUAUGUCCUUGUCUCCAGGGAGCAAAGCCCAGUGACAUGUGACCAGGGGAGAAAGUACACACUCAGAAGAGGGAGGAGCCAGGGAGGACAGAAUGAAGGACUUGGAGCUGCUGUCACCCUUCUCCCUGAAGGAGGAGUUCAAAUCAUCCCUCUGCCCACCUCAGAGGAUGGGGAACCAGGAAAUCUACCCUUUUAGGAUCCGGAGCAUUUCCAAGGCACUUCCUGCUAAGCUUAACUUCCACCUGGCAGCAUUGCCACUGCUCAGUGCCUGGCUAGUACUCUCCAGCUGGCUUUGAGGCUUGGCCCAUCAUUUCCCAAUCCACAGCCAGGACCUGAGCUAAAGCCAGGAUAUCAUCCCAGGCUUGCCGGAGUUAGCAAUGUAGGACGAACAUUUCAGCUUCUCCUGUUUUGAGUCUGAACAACAGCCUGCAGCUUUUAAAGACCUUGAAGCUGUUUUCCCUCUUGCUAUGGAGACGCGGGAAUUGGUAUCCUGCAUCUUUGGGUUUGAAUUCUGUUCCUGUCACUUACUAGCUUUGCAAGUCCAGGCAAAUCACAAAACCGUUUCAAGCGUUUGUUUUGCUCCUGUUAAAUGUCAACAAAAACCCACUUCAUAUGGUGAGACGUUACCUCCAGUACACCAAGAACUAGCAACAAUUCCCGUUUCUUUUACUUUUCUCCCCUGCCUCCGUUCUUACAAGUUUUGUUACUUUCAGCUCAUUUUCUUCAUUGAAUGGGGACAAGGAAGACAGUAAUAAAAAUGUACACUUACAGUUGUUUAGAAAAUAAAAUUAAUAAGCCAAAA